GGACGGCAGGACGCCGGGCUCUGUUAUCUGAAAACAUGGCUAUUGCUCAUGUUGCAACAGAGUAUGUGUUUUCGGAUUUUCUACUAAAGGAAUCAAAUGACACUAAGUAUAAAGGGGUGCGGCUGGACCUAGCGGUGGAUAAACUGGUCACAUUUGUUGCGGUCGGCCUCCCGUUAUUGCUGAUAUCACUCGCUUUUGCUCAGGAGGUAUCAGUCGGAACACAGAUCAGCUGUUUUGCGCCCACCAACUUUUCGUGGCGCCAGGCGGCAUAUGUGGACUCCUACUGCUGGGCGGCUGUGCAGGACCUGCAAACACAAGAGGACGGCUCCAACAGCCCCCCCCUGUGGCUGCAUAAGUUCUUUCCAUACAUCCUGCUGCUGGUGGCCAUCCUCAUGUACGUCCCCGCCGUCUUCUGGCGCUUCACGGCAGCGCCACACCUCUCCUCCGACCUCAGCUUCAUCAUGGAGGAGCUGGAUCGCACCUACAACCGGGCCAUCAAGCUGGCCAAAAACGUGGCAGCCUCCCGUCUGGACGUGUCCCCAGACGCCACGGAGGAUGGCUACGGCGCGCUGGACCUGGCUGAGGGCUGCCUCAAGUACCCGCUGGUGGAGCAGUACCUGAAGACUAAGCGCUACAGCCGCGGCCUGGUGAUCAAGUACGUGCUGUGCCGGGGCCUCACCCUGCUCACCCUGCUGCUGGCCAGCAUCUACCUGGGCUACUACAUCCGCCUGGCCUCCAGCGCCAACAGCGACGAGUUCUCCUGCGACAUCCGCUCGGGCGUGCUGCGCCCGCGCGCCAAUGACAACUCCAGCAGCGCCGCCGCCCUGCCCAAGGCGGUGCAGUGCAAGCUGGUGGCGGUGGGCGUCUUCCGCCUGCUCAGCUACAUCAACCUGGUGGUGUACGUGCUGCUGGCGCCCGUGGUGGUGUACGCCGCCGUGGCGCCCAUCUACCAGGGCACGCGCUUCCUGCGGCCCUACGAGAUCCUGCCCGCCUUCGGCUCGCUGGACAUGGCCACCUCCUUCUACGACGACCUCAGCCUCUACCUGCUCUUCCUGGAGGAGAACCUCAGCGAGCUCAAGUCCUACAAGUGUCUGCAGGUGCUGGAGCUGCUUCGAGAGGGAGGAGGAGAGGCGUUUGACACCAUGUGUCUCCUCAGGACUCUGGGGCAGGUCAAGACGGAUGUAACCGACGGCAAGAAGCACUCCGGAAAACCGCAGCCAGCAAAGCCAGAGAGAGAGAGUGAGACACAGGAGGUCAAAGAUGGCUCAGUCCUGCUGCUAGACGUGGAGAAGAAAGACAAGACGUGCGUCUGCAGCACAGAUGUACGCCAGCGAGUCGUCUGAGUCAUGAAUAUUGGAUAAAAGAUAAAUAUCUUAUCUGCAUGGACUUUUAAUAUAGCUUUGGGUAUCGGUGUGUGUUUUAUGUAUAUCCAGUAUAUAUACCGAAGAAGAGAACGUUUUAUUGGAGAGUCUGUCAGUGUUGCCAGAUUGGGCUGUUUCCCGCCCAAUUGGGCUGCUUAGGAUGGCCGUGUGCGGGAAAAAAUGGCAUUUAGCAGAAAAACCCGCUCAAUUUUUGCCAUAGAAAUCAAUACAAUUGGGCG